UCUAACACAAAAAUCAAAACCGUCUAAUAGAAUUCAUGUCUUUUUUACAAGUUACAUUAUUUGAAUUGAUUAAUUAAUUAAUAUUAUCCAACGUUAUGAAGUAUAACUGCAACUUCAUUUUAAUAACGCUUGCCUUUGUACACGUUCCGUCAGUGAUGACAACAAGGUAUGCGAGGUCGGUUUUCAUUACAAACGAACACAUUAAAAGGGCAUUUGUUACAAAGGGCGCUGAAUUGGAGACUGCAAUUGAAAAUAUUAUCCUUGGAGACGCAACGAUCGAGAAAAUUGAUUUGAUGUUGGCAAUACCGGAAUCAGCAUUCAUUUUCCACCUACCAAAAUUGAUUGAAAAAGCCGAAAAGGAGGCAGCUAAAAGCGUAAUAUCACAUUUUACAUAUCUUCCUGUGCCUAUACUUGACCGCGACGAAGAAUCAAUUGCCAUUGCUCAUCAGGAGGCUUUGCAAAGUGUAUUAUUACAUUUCACAAAUAUCUCUGUACCUGAACUUGACCCAAAGAAAGUUAUCAGGAAUGAUACAUUGCUAAUGCUUGGAAGAGAUAGAAGAAUUAUAAUUGGAGAAGUCACAAAAACUUUACUUCUCUCUACAAUAAGUAGAGAAGCACCGAAAUUCCUCAACCUCACCGUAAUAUGUCGUUUAAUAGGUUUGGUUAGAAGUAUUAAAUUUCCAGUAAACUUUAUAAGAACCGCUAUUGUUGACUCUGAUGGUAUAUUUUGUAUAUUAACUUCAUUUGAUGACACGAUUUACAAAUACAAACGCUUUCGUGGCACAGUUGUCAUGGAAAGACAAAUUGAUUCAAUUCGUAUGGGACUUGAACCACUAAAGGAACAGAUUAAGACUUGGUACCAGUAAUCGUACCUAGCUUUUACAAACUUAUAUACCAUCUACUUUUUCUUUAUAACUUUAAUCAUAUUAAAAUAUUGCACUUAUACAUCAAAUUUGUCAAUUAAUUCAAUGUUUUCAUGAUAAACAAUUUUGCUUAGAGUUAUUUAACAACACUCUUAAUGGUAUGUGAUUUUAUGAAAUUCUGUCCAUUGCAGUCAUAAUUCAACAAUUUUAAUUCAUUUUUGUAUUAAAAAGUUGCUUUUUGUCGUAAAACAAUAAUUAUUGUAAAAAAUGUAUUUUAAAUAAUAAAACCAGCUGUCCAUAAUAUAAUAUGUCCCUCUUUUAAUAAUAUGUAUUGUUACACAUGUGAAAUUAAAAAAAUGAUUACCCAAUAUGAAGCCUCUGAAACUAACAUUAAAA